AUGCCUUCUUGGGAAGAAGAAGACUGCUGCAACUGGGAGGGAGUUGUCUGCCACCCCACAACCCGUCAUGUGGUGAAGCUCAAGCUCAGCGAAUGCAUUCAAGAUUCCAAGGGCCAGGUUCAUCAGAUGAUCAAUUCAUCAUUGCUUGCUUUAACUGAGCUGAACCACUUGGAUCUCAGCUACAAUCAUUUCUACAAUGUGCCUAUCCCAAAAUUUAUAGGUUCUUUCAAGAAAUUGAAAUAUCUCAACCUCUCUAACUCAUUCUUCAUUGGAGUACCUACAGGAAUUGGAAAGCUUUCUAAUCUCACCUCUUUGUCUCUUUGUUAUAAUCAACUCCAAGGCAGUGUAUCAGAGAUCCACCUGGAGAACCUAACACGACUAGAAGUUUUGGACUUGUCUUAUAACUACCUAAAGGUAUCUUUUGAUCCCAACUGGGUUCCUAUUUUUCAACUUGUUCUUGUUCAACUCAGUGGUUGCGAAAUAGGGCCACAAAUUCCAAGAUGGUUGCAGUUACAAACAAGAAUAGAUACCUUGGAUUUGUCCAACAAUAAAAUUGCAGAAACAUUGCCGAGUUGGUUGGUGAAUGUUUCAUCUUCCACUCUUACAAGUUUACACCUCUCAGGAAACCAAAUUAAAGGUAAACUACCAACAUUUUCAGAUGCUUCGAGAUUGAUCAACUUAAGGCUGGACACCAACCAAUUUGAAGGCCAACUGGAUGAUCUUUUUUCAUGCAAUUAUUCCUCCACCCAACUACCUUCAUCGUUGCAAAAUUGUACAUAUUUAUCUUAUCUUGAUCUGUCUCAUAAUGCAUUCUCUGGCAACAUACCGCCAUGGAUGGGAGAAAGUCUACAGGGGUUACAAGUAUUUCGUCUUGGUUAUAAUAUUUUCUCAGGUGACAUUCCUCAGCAGCUUUUACUACUUGAAGAACUUAAAAUAUUGGAUCUUUCAAACAAUAACUUCUCAGGAUCCUUGCCUUAUUACCUUGGUAAUUUUACGGCCAUGGCAUCUAUUUCACGUUCGUUUGAAUUCACAGAAUAUGUUGAUUUAGUUAUACCAACAAAGGGAGGAAACCUUCAUUAUCCUUAUAAGUCAGAUUUAACCACAAGUUUAGACUUUUCUGGAAAUAAUCUAACAGGGGAAAUCCCUCCAGAAAUUGGACGCCUUACAGGACUGCAUAAUUUAAACCUCUCCAGAAAUCAUUUGAGUGGUAAAAUUCCUCAAGAACUAGGAGAGAUCACGUUACUAGAAUCUCUUGACCUAUCAUUUAAUGACCUCUCUGGUACGAUUCCAAAUAGUUUGGCAGACUUGAACUUUCUCAGCUACAUAAAUCUGUCUUAUAACAAUCUGAUGGGGAGGAUACCGUCUGGUUCUCAACUUCAAACUCUGAGUGACCCUUCUAGGUAUAUGGGCAAUCCUCGGCUCUGUGGGCCGCCAGUUUCCAGUGGUUGUUCGGUAACGGAAACAGUUGACAAAGUUCAGAAAAUGAGAAAUUUUGAAUGGAUUUGGCUUUCUAUUGCUGUGGUGCUUGGAUUUCUGAUGGGGAUUUGGACCUUCUGUGGCAUCCUCUUCUUCAAAAGAGAGUGGAGAUAUGCAUACUUCCGAGGGAUUGAUAGCUGGUAUGAUCGAAUUUUAUUGCAACUGCUCUUCUGCCUUGCUCGGUUAAGUGGACAAGACUGA